AAUCAAGAAAUUCCCAGCAAUUUUCACGAAAUUCUUCAUGAAAACCUCACAAAAUUCAAGAAAUUUGCACGUAAAAAAUUCGUAGCUAGUUGAUUACGUCAAACAUCGUGAAAUUUUUAUCAAAUUAUGAGUCAUCCACCGAUAGGAAUCGAUCUCGGAACAACGUACUCCGCAGCAGCUGUUUAUCGCAACGGAAAGCCCGAAAUGAUCGUCAAUGACCAAGGAAGUCGUUCGAUGCCUUCGUGUGUUGCUUUCACACCCAAUCGACGCUUCUUUGGCGAAGGUGCUGUCCGACAAGCGGCUUUGUUUCCCGAAAAUUCAAUCUAUGGCAUUAAACGUCUGAUCGGUCGAAAAUUUGAUGACCCGGAGGUGCAAGAGAACAUUAAAGCAUUUCCGUUCAAAAUUCUGAACAACAACGGCGAAAUUGCGAUUGAGGUCAACGAUAAAGGAAAAAUACUUUGCUUGUCAGUAGAGGAAAUUUCCGCGAUGAUUCUCGAAAGCUUAAAAAAAAUGGUCGAAUUGGUUCUGGAUAUGCCAAUAAAGGAUGUCGUCAUCACGUGCCCAGCAAAUUUUGAUAAUGCACAACGCGAAUCGACAAUGGCAGCUGCCAAAAUUGCCGGACUCAACGUUAUUCGGAUGAUGAAUGAACCCACCGCUGCCGCAUUGUCCUACGGAUGGAGUCUCGUGAAUGUCGAUUGCGAAACGGUUUUAGUGUUUGACUUUGGGGGCGGCACUUGUGACAUUUCAAUUUUAAAAAUUCACAAUAACGACUACAAAGUACUUGUGACGACGGGCGAUGUCUAUCUGGGAGGCGAGGAUUUCGACAAACGAAUGGUGGAGUACUUUGUAGCAGAAUUCAAGCGCAAAUACAGGAAAGAUAUCUCUGGAGACAAAUCGUUGAUGCGCAAAUUGAAGAUUCUGUGUGAGGCCGCGAAAAAACAGCUUUCUGUCGUUAAAAAGACCGAAUUCACGCUUGAAGAUGCCUUUUUGGUUGGCAAGAUAAACCGAUCAACUUUCGAAAAAUUGAACAUGGAUUUGUUUGAAAGAGCAAUCAAACUAGUGGACACAGCUUUAGAGGACGGAGGUCUCAAAAAAGAGAAUAUCGAUGAAGUGGUUUUGGCUGGUGGCAGUUCCAAAAUUCCAAAAAUGCAAGAAAUGAUCAAGGAAUAUUUCGGUGGUCGCAUGCUUUACACAAAAAACAAUCCGGACGAUGCGGUAGCCGAAGGAGCUGCCAUUCAAGCUGCUUUGAUUCAAAAUAUGGUUAGCGGAACACGAAAAGGGACGACAAUUUCUGAGGUCUGUCCAUUAUCCAUUGGUAUUCGUACGUUUGGAGAUCGAUUUCUGACGUUCGUCGAACGAAAUUCAGUUUAUCCGAUUAAAGCUGUUAACCUUGUACAAACAACAAAACCGAAUCAAAAGGUAAUGCAUGUGGAAGUUUACGAAGGACAGCGGAUCAUCGCUUCUCAGAAUCGACUUUUGGGUGCGCUCGAUGUUUUGGAUAUUCCGCCCGGUGCACGCGGAGAGCAAACAAUUUUGAUAACAUUCGAUGUCGACGAGAAUGGCAUCACGAAAGUUACCGCACAAGUACAAAGCACUGGAAAAAUAUCGAAUCUCACGAUACUCAAAAAGGAUCGUUUGGGAAAAGAUGAUGCCGAUAAGGUCGUUUCAGAAGCGAAAAACUUCCAUCUCGAAGAUGAAGCGCACCGUAAAAAGUUUGAAAAUCUCAAAUUAUUUCAAAAUUUUUUAUGGGACAUGGAACGAAGCGUAAAUUCAUUGAGAUCUGAAGACGUCAAACGUAAAGGAAAACAAUUGAUUGAAAGUACAUUUGCUUGGCUUGACGACUGGACCGUAUCUUCGCCGAAAACUGCAGAAUUCGACAAGAAGAAAGAAGUCAUUCAAUAUUUUUGGAAUCAACACUCAGUAAAAAAGCAGCGUAUUAAUUGAAUAUUUUACUUUUCAAAAGUAUUUUCUUUGACUAUAUUUUUUGUAAAAAUUGUUUUACAACUAAAUCCAUUCAUGUUCCUUAUAAUUAGUAUUUUUUAAGACAAAUAUUUUCAAAUACGUUUG